UCUCUUUAUUUCCCGAAUCCCCUAAUCAAAAUCCUCAAUUACACAAUGGAAUUCGUUUAAACCUUUCCCCCAAUUCACAAGAGCGCGCGCCUCGCCGCCGCCGCCGUCGUUUCAAAUCCCUCUGCAGAUUUAUGCAUACCACUUGUCGAUAAUGGAGGAGACGACUCUCACGACUCCCACGACUUCCUUUCCCCCUCAGAAAAUCCCCAAAUCGGGGCCCAAGCAGCCGGCGGCCGGCCACCGGAGCUCCGCCGCGGCUAAACAGAUCCACUCCGACGCCCCCGCCGCGGGGCAGGCGGCGUACCGCCUCCUGUGCCACGUGCACACCGCCGGCGGCGUGAUUGGGAACUCCGGCUCCAUAAUCAAGCAGCUGGAAACCCUAACCGGCUCGAGGAUACGCUUCGAGGAGGGCAUCCCCAAUUGUCACGAGCGCGUGGUCAACAUCGUCGGCGAGGGCGCGAUGGAGAGGAAGAUAUCCGUCGGCGGAGGCGAGGACGAGGAUACGGUGAGCGUCUCGAGAGCGCAGGAGGGCUUGAUUAGGGUUUUUGAGAGGGUUUUGGAGGUGGAAGGGAGUGCUGGGAAAAAUGACAAUGGAGGAGACGAUAGCGAACAUCGCAACAACAACAAUAACGGAUUGAUUGUUUGCCGGUUACUAGCUCCGACAGUUCAGAUCGGAGCGCUGAUGGGAAAGGGGGGCAAAAUUGUCGCCGCCAUUCGCAAAAGCACGGGGGCGAAAAUUCGUGUUUUCAAGAAAGAGCAGGUUCCCCCUUGUGCUGCACCGGAAGAGGAGCUGAUUCAGAUUGUGGGUGGACUUCUCGCUGUUAAGAAAGCACUGCUUGCUGUUUCUCGUCGUCUCCAGGAUAGAAUCCUUGGUGAAGGAGCUCCUGGCCAUAUAUCCACUCAUGGGGCAUUACAAAAUUCAUACUCAGAUUUCAAUGUGAAAAACAAUACUUCCACACUGCCUGUUUCUGAUACUGCUGUUGAGCAUUGUUCUGUUGACCAUUCUUUGUCGGCAGACACUGAAAAGUAUCUUAAUGUAGAUGAUAAAAGCUCUCUGAAGAAAGUUAUCUUCCGAUUUCUUUGCUCUAGUGGAAUUGCUGGUGGUGUCAUUGGAAAGGGUGCCAACAUUGUCAAAUAUUUGGAAAAAGAAACUGGAGCUUCUAUAAAGUUUGCAUCUCCAGUGUCGGGGUCAAGGGAACGCCUUGCCAUCAUCUCUUCUUUGGAGAGUCCAAAUCCGCUGUAUUCUCCUGCACAGAUCGCUAUUGUCCGUGUUUUUUCCAGAUGCGUCGAAGUUGCCCUGGACCAGGGGGCGAUAGUGAGCUUCGGCCGUGGGGAGAGUGUAUCAGCAAGAAUUCUCGUUUCAUCGAGCCAGCUUAGCAGUAUACUGGAUGGGGCCGGAAAGCUUGCUACAGAUAUAAGUCUUGCAUCAGGUGCUGAGAUACAACUAAUGGGAGCGGAUCUUCCAGAUUUUGCUGGAAUUGGCGAUAAUGUGGUCCAGAUUUCAGGUGACUAUGAAAACGUUAAGAGUGCUCUAUUUCAACUUGCUGGGAGGCUUCGGGAGAAUUUCUUUUCUAGAAUAGGAUACAAAGGAGCAGGAAGCAGACAUAGUUUGUACUCAACUGUUUCCAGCAGCAUUCCUAUUGGUGGAGAGGGAGCUUUUUCAACACAAUCUGCACAACUGUCUAGACUUUCCCAUAUUGAUGAAUUGGACCACCUUGGAUUUGUGCAGAAAUCAAGCAGCUCUUGGCUACCAGGAUUGCAGUGGGAACUGGCAAACAACAUAGAGAGUAAACCAAGACUCGUUGAUGGUUCUAAAGAAACUUUUCCCAGUGGGUUCAAGCGAGAAAGCAAUAUUGUGAAUGAGGGGUCAGAACAAAAGGUCGAAGUUGUGGUUCCCAAGGAAAAGUUUAGCUCUGUGUAUGGUGACGAUGGAAGCAACCUGACUCGUUUAAGAGAGAUAUCAAGUGCAGUCGUGACAGUGGUAGAUCCCAGCCCUGGGGAAAGCAGCGGUAAGGUGAUCAUAUCAGGGACACCCGAAUGCAUCCGGAUUGCUCAGAGCCUACUUCAAGCAUUCAUCUCAUUUUGAUGGAGACUGCGUUCUAGGCUGCGAUCGUUUACAUCCGCGGUAAAUAGUGAGUGCUAGCAUAGCACGUUUUAACUGUGAUUAAAGUAGUGUUUCCCACAUCAGCACCUAUCUGAGGUGUUUUGUAUGGUAGAUGAAGAUCUUUUAACGUGAUUUGAUGUAAAUCCUUUGUAAUGCCACUGGGAUAGUUUCACCUUUGCAGCUGUAAUUAUUAUGGUAACGACGGAUCUUUUGAGUGUGGAUGAUAACUGAUAGUCUUGAUUCGUCUGUAAAAAGAGGAGUGAGCUUCAAAUUUAGUGUUUGGAAAAUGCACUUUGCACAA